UAAUCUCAUGCAAUAAACAACAGAUUAUGAUGAAAUGCAGCAUUAUCUUAAACUUGCAUAAGAAGGUGAUAGUGAUGCAUAAUUCAGAGUAGGAUUGAUGUAUGAAGAUGGAAAAGGUGCAUAAUAAAAUAUUUAAGAAUGUAUUUAAUGGUAUUUUGACUUAUUUACUUUAUAGGUAUUAAUUAGCUGCUAGUAAACAUGCUUAAGCAGCAUAUAAUCUAGCAUCUAUUUACUAUUUAGGUAGAGUUGUUGCUCCUGAUUAUAAAAUUGCUCAUAAAUACUUUAGUAAAGCAGCUGAAUUAUAAAAUGAAUAAGGAAUGUUCUAAUUAGGUUUAAUGCAUUUAUUUGGAUAAGGAGUAGAAUAAGAUUUUGAAAAGAGUAGAGCUUGGUUUGAAAAGGCUGCUAAAUUAGUAUUUAUUCCAUUUUUAUAAUUUAAAGGGAUCAGUAUCUGCCAUGAACAAUCUUGGUAAUAUUUAUAGAUCUGGUAUUGGUACUCAUGUUUAAAUUGAAGAGGCUAAAAAAUAUUAUAGAAUGGCAGCAGAUAAAGGAGAUUUAUGUGCUAUGACCAAUUUAGCCACUGUACAAUUGUAAUCAAAUCCAAUUGAAGCCUUUGAAUGGUACUUCUAAGCAGCAAAAGGAGGUUUUGAAAAUGCUUAGUAUAAUCUUGCUGUUCUUUAUGAAGAAGGAACUGGAACUAAAUAAAAUUUAUAAUAGGCAUUAUACUGGUAUAAAUAAGCAGCAUAAGCUGGUAAUAUUGAAGCUAAAGAAGCUGUCACUAGAUUAAGUCCAAUAGUUUAAAAUUAAUAAUAAAAUGAUAAACAAUAGUAAGGUUAAAAUACAUAAUAAUCAUCUGCCAAAAAAGGUGGAUGUGGCUGCAUUGUAUUUUGA